CACCCUGUCGCAAGUUUGUUUUAAAAUGGCGGCGGAAACAGGCAGACAGGUACAAGAUGAGAACUAAACCGACUAAAUUUAUUCAUUUCCUCGACUCGCGUUGCCGACCAAACACCGGGGAGGUGUUAAUAUUUCUUCAAGAGGGUGCAACCCCGCUUCGCUCCCACUGAGGGUCGCCUUAAAGACAAGUGGACGUAAAAGCGAGCGAGUUCCGUUCCAAGUGUUUUUUGUUUUUUUUUCACCCCUGCGUCGCUAAAUGACCUCGCGGUGGUCUUGUUUGUCCACGUCAAACUGCGUUGAGGAGAAUUCGGGGAGGUGAUAGUAGUUUCCGCAUCACCAUGGAGCGAUGCUGCCCGAGGACGACUGCUGGCCACCUGUAGCUUCGAACGGCCCCCAUGGCGAACCCGACCCACUGUGACUGUGGUCGGACGGAGAGCCGCGGUGGUGGUUCCGGACGAGUCAUCGUGGAGAAUGGUUGCACAGUAAGAAGCUUGUCUGUCUCCAGUCAUCACGACGUCUCCAAGCAGCACAUCUCUGACCUGAGCACGGUGCUUCAAAGUGAAUCAACACCAUGUCCCCCUUCAACCUCCGUUUUCCACAGCAGCCCACAGAAGCUCAGUCUCGACCUAGACAGUCACAGUCUGACAUCCCAGGACUCUGGCAUCCCAACAUUGGAGCUCAACCCUCCGGAUCUCACCGGAUUGGACUCUCCCGCAACUUUAACAUUAGACGACGACCCCUCCGACGGCAACGGCGUGCCCAAGUCGUCCAGCUUCCCGCGCAGCGGCUUCGACAACACCCGCUUCUUCAGCCCGGGCCUCAGAUUGCCCAGCGCCGCCACGGGCCACCGAACCUUCAACCGCAGUGACGACAUCUCCGUGUGCAGCGUGUCCAGCAUGAGCACGGAGCUCUCGGUGUCCAACGAGGACAUCGUGCAUUUCACCGUCACUUCCGACUCGAGCGCCAUCGUCACCUUCGAGACGGACGACGGCUGCAUGGCUCCCUUCUCAGACGUGGAUCUUGCUUCGUUGCCGGUAUACUCGAAGGACCUCGAUGGUCGGUUCCAAGCUUCCUCCACUGGAGACAUGAGACAAGAAGAGGAUGGCAGGCAAAAGAAACUUGGAUCGCUCACCAGCUUGUUCAAGAGGAGUCUCUUUGCUAGGAAAGUGAAGGACAGUCGCUCAGUGGAACAGCGGGACGCCGGAUGGAAGCUGUUCGGGAAGGUGCCACCACGUGAGGUGCCCAUCAAGGACCCCAAAAGAAUACAAAAGGAAUAUGAAACAAAAACUGGCAGAGCUGGACACGGCAAUCUGACGUCCCCCAGGCAGAAUGUGAGGAAAAACCUGGACUUUGAGCCGCUCUCCACCACCGCUCUCAUACUGGAGGACAGACCUGCUAACCUUCCAGCCAAGCCGGCCGAGGAGGCCGAGAAACACAGGCAGCAAUACGAAGAGAUGGUGGCCCAGGCCAAGAAGCGAGAGCUAAAGGAAGCCCAGAAGAGGAAGAAGCAGCUGGAGGAGCGCUGCAAGCUGGAGGAGAGCAUCGGCUCGGCCGCUCAGACUUGGAACCAGGAGAUCUUGCCCAACUGGAGCGCCAUGUGCACGUCUCGACGAGUGAGGGACUUGUGGUGGCAGGGCAUCCCGCCCAGUGUCAGAGGCAAAGUGUGGAGCCUGGCCGUGGGCAACGAAGUCAACAUCACGCAUGAGCUUUAUAACAUCUGUCUGGCACGGGCCAAAGAAAAGUGGAGGAGCACACCAGCUAGCGCACCAGAGGCGGAAAGCCAAGAUGCGGACUCGUCAAAUCGGGAGUCAAGCUUGGAGCUGAUCAAGCUGGACAUCUCCAGAACGUUCCCCCAGUUGUGCAUCUUCCAGCAGGGCGGGCCCUAUCAUGACGUGCUGCACAGCAUUCUGGGAGCUUACACUUGCUACCGGCCCGAUGUCGGCUAUGUGCAGGGUAUGUCGUUCAUAGCGGCAGUGCUCAUCCUGAACCUGGACACGGCCGACGCCUUCAUCGCGUUUGCAAACCUGCUCAACAAACCUUGUCAGAUGGCCUUCUUCCGCGUGGACCAUAGCCUUAUGUUGACCUACUUUGCUGCAUUUGAGGUGUUCUUUGAGGAAAACCUACCAAAGCUCUUUGCACAUUUCAAGAAGAACAACCUGACCCCCGAUAUUUAUUUGAUCGACUGGAUCUUCACCUUGUACAGUAAGUCUCUCCCACUGGACCUGGCGUCUCGCGUGUGGGACGUCUUCUGCCGAGACGGCGACGAGUUCCUGUUCCGCACGGCGCUGGGCCUGCUGCGCCUCUUCCAGGACGUAUUGACCAACAUGGACUUCAUUCACAUGGCCCAAUUCCUCACCCGCCUGCCCGACCUGAUCCCCGCCGAGCAGCUCUUCCAGCACAUCGCCGCCGUCCACAUGACCAGCCGCAACAGGAAGUGGGCGCAGGUUCUGCAAACGUUACAGAAAGAUCCGGAGCGAGGCAGUCCGGUUCUGAAGCGCUGACGCGCGGAGGAAACGCAGCAGCAAAAAAAAAAAAAGACGGAACUCGAGUCGUUUAACGGAGCUACGUCGUGAGUAACGGAGCAGGGGUGCCUUAUUUCACCAAGUCGAGCCGCAAGACGACACACUCCCGGACCCCAUGGGACCACCAAGAUGCCAGUUAUCACUUUGUCACUCGGUUCUUGUACGUUACAUGUCGAGAUCCUCUGCAAACGAGGUCAGAAGCUGCCUUUCAAUAUUCCCGCGACCUAUCGUAACUAACCACUUCAUUCCACAUUUCAGCUCGUUCGUGUUUGUUUUGUGUGAGGUGUGUGUUUAUUGAAAGGGGCUAAAAAAAAGUCCUGUCGGACUCAUUUGUUCAUCUCAACUGCUACGGUAAAGAUGUUGCACUUUUCCUUCAAGCUGUUUCCAUUUCGGCGGUGAGAAUUUGGGGUAUCAUUUUUUUUUCCUUCUUCUUUUGGACCAUUGUUCAAUUUGAUGAGAUUUUGUGGGUUAACAGGAAACAUCUUUGUUUUUUUUUGUUUUUAAAGCUGUCUGUGUGGUUUUGCACUCCCCCAAGCACAGCAACCCACCACAGACCUGCAAUAAGACUUUUUUGCACAUUGGGCCUUUCGGGUGCAUCAUAUGUCAUCCCUCCGGCUCGCUUCAGUUUGGAGAUGUGUAUUUUUACCCGUGUGUGUGUGUGUGUUUCCAGAAUGAGACGCGCCCCUCUGAAAAUCUUUUGUUACAUGCGACAAUGACUCGUUUGAUCCACGGAAUUGAAUGUAAACUUUGAUUGCACUCUCAUGUCUUUCAUUUUGCUGUCCUCUCCACGUUUGGGUUUUUAUUGCUUUGGACUGACCGUUGGAGCGCAACGAACUUGUCAUUUGACCAAAUAAAGGACUUGCAAAUAU